CCUUUGUAAAUCACUAAGCUAUUAUUUUCCUUGUUACAUCGAAUGAGAAGUAAUUGUCCUAUACAAUCACUUAUGUCCGUUUACCUACUCCUGCUAUCGUAACUAUAGUCACGGAUCGAUAUUUUCUUGGACAUUUUUCAGUGAAGAAUAAUUCAAUUCGUAGAGCGCUGGCUGCUCUUAUAAUCUACAGCGUAUAGCCGCAAGGCGCAUUUCAACUUUCCUUACCUACCUACCUACCUAUACAGUAUAGCCUACCUCAAACAGGACUUGAUAGUCCGAACCAACACAAUGGUGUCCCUACCAUACCCAGCCCUAUCCUACACCGGAUCAAGAAUAAUACCAACAAUCCUCACCUCCCUCCUCCUCCUCCCACACCUAACCACAAGCCAAUCCGUCUACACCACAAUCAUAAUAACCGUAGCGGCGCCCCUCCCCACCGACGCCCCCUCCUUCACCGACCACGAAACAUUCACCUCCGCCAUCCUCAACAGCACCAAUUUCUACCGCGAAUCCUACAACGCCUCCACCGUGCGCUGGAACUCGACCCUCGAGUCCUUCGCCUCGAACUACCUAAACACGCACACCCCCUCUUCUAAGUUAAAACGGGGGAACGAAGGGGGGAGUGGUAAGGACAGCUCGUUAGACGGGGAGGUGAAGAGAGAUGGCAAAACCUGCCAUAUGGCACAUAGCGGCGGUCCGUACGGCGAGAACCUCGCGAUCGGCUGCUCCGACGCGGGGUCCUGUGUUGAUAUGUGGGCGUCGGAGGUGUCUGGAUACGAUUACGGAGACCCGGGGUUCGGCGAGUCGACGGGACAUUUCACGCAGUUGGUUUGGAGAGAUACUACUGAUGUGGGGUGCGGCGCGGUGAUGUGUCCCGGGAACGGGGGGUGGUAUCUUGCGUGCGAGUAUUGGCCCCGGGGGAAUAUUAUUGGGGCUUUUGGGGAUGAGGUUGGCGAGAAGGUUAGUGGUGCGCCUGCUUUGGGGAGUUUGGGGUUGGGGUUAGGGUUGGGGGGGAAGGGAUGGGGGGUUGUUGAUUUGGUGGUGCUUUUGGCUGUGGCGUUGGCGUGGUGGGGGUUGGUGUGAUCCUGAAUGUGUAUUAGGUAAGGGGAUGGGAUAUGAUGAAGUUUGGGAAUCGUGGGAAGAGGUGUAAAUUGGAUAUUUUGGCAAUAUAAUGAGAUAUGAGAUAUGAGUUUGUAUAUUCAUUCACGACUCGGGACGAUAUUGUAGGAAUAUCUGGGGUAUAAAAAUUGGAAUGGAGGCAGAGAUGACAAAGCAGAAGCUCUGCUGAGUAAACACAAAUUCGAUC